AUGGGAUCUACCAAAAAGGACAAGAAACGUGCCAGAGCCGCCGCCGGAGGCAUCGCCACGUCGAUAACCGACGACCUUCGUGCCGCCCAGUUCUCCCUUGAUAAUGCCAACAGUACUCCUUCGAACCUGAGCCAGCCGACCUCGGACGCGUCGUCACCCCCCAUCAACACCCCGGAUCUCAAUCCCAGCGCCGCCCCAAAUGGCCACCCCGAGGUGUCGCCCAUGCUCGAUGCCAUAUCCGCAAGCACCGCCCCCAGCAUGAUGAAUGAGUGGGCGCGUGGUGCCAUGGCCGGCUCCCCGGGCAAUCUCAUUAGUCUGAUGGGCGAGUCGCCCCCGACGCAGCCCUCCUCCUACGAGGACUCCGGCCGUCUUCACCAGGGCUGGGGCCAACGCAACUUCAUGACCCCGUCGCCGGCGUCUCCUUCCCCUCCGAACCGCCGGCCCCUCAGCUACCACAUGGAUGCCCCCUUCCCCGCCGAAGAGACGCCCCCGCGUGCGGCAGGUCCCGCUGCAAGGCCGACAUCCAUGUACUCCCCCUUCCCACACAGCCGACGGGUUUCGCAGCCAGCGCUCCCCCACCAACCCCAGGCGCACUUCUACGGAGCCCCAGAUAUUGACAUGAAGUCGACGUCGCAGACUGGACUCAAGGCCGGCGAGGCUGGUCUCUACUUUGGCUUCGACAUCCUGCCUCGAUUGGACGACGUCUCUGCUGGCUCAGAUGACGUGGUACUGGCUGGACACAAUGGUGGCUUGGACGUUUAUGCCGUUACCAAGCGAGGACUCGAACCUGCUGCAUGUCUCAGAGGUCUGCGUGGUACAGUGCAUAGCGCCAAAAUCUUGCCUUGGACCUUCGGUCCGAGGCAACAGGACACUAUCGGACCUUUGAUUGCCGUUACUAUACAUGGACCCGUGCUUCCGGCCCAGAAUACCGGUGAUGCAGCAACACAGGAUGCAUCGGAAAAUCUCAGGAGAGAUGGCACAGCCAGUCCUGCAUCAGUAGCAACCUACCAGGAUGGCUUCCACCGGACCGGACCAAGCAUCGACUUUUACCAGACCACUGUCGAGGUUUAUUCCCUCAAAACAUCCAAGGUUAUUGAUGUGCUUCUCGAGGCGCCGAAAAUUGCCAUCAAUGCGGGCGUGUCUAUUGCAAGCACUCUCUUCAAGCCCCCAUCGCCAAGUGGCGCUUUCACCAUCAAGGCAGACGGAGGAUCAGUCCUGAUCUGCUCCGGUGUCACGGGCGAGUGCUGGACUUACACCCACCUUCCGGAGCCUCAAAACGGACAUGCCUUUGCCUGUAUUGGAAAAUUCUGGACAUGCCUACAGCACAGUCAUCGGAGUGAAGUUGUCGAGGAGCCGGGUAAGGCCACGCUGUCGACAACCGAAGUUCGCUUCAAUCCCCACACUCCCAUUGUCGCUCUCAACGGUCGUUGGAUUGCCUACUGCCCUGCAGCACCGUCGUCACAGACCUCUCUUCGUGCCCAUCUGCCUGUUCCUAUCCUUGGCCGCGGGCCUGGCAUCGGGACAAUGGCGCCGCCCCAUGCACCUCAGUCAAGCCUGUCUGUAGAACUGCCAAUCUCCGACAGCAUGGUAAACAAGAUCAUGCGUGAGACGACGCAGGAGCUAAUUCAAGGUGCGAAAUGGGUGGGCAAGCAGGGACUUCAGGCGUGGAAUGCGUAUUGGAACAAGGGAAACACAGCACAAACUCCGCAGCAACAGGCGCGGUCACCCCCUCAGCAGCAAUGGGCCGCCACGCACGAUGCGACGCAGUUUCCGCCCACCCACGGUACAAAUGGAAAUGCAGCCUCCAAAGAUCCUGGGCUGGUAUCCAUCAUGGACACCAUGUCGCUACCCCUAUCCUCUACUGUUCAUCCACUGGCCACAUUUGCGCCUCCUGGAGGCUGUAGUGUUCUAUCGCUGUCCCCCUCGUCUUUGAGUUUGUUCACCGCCAGCAGCAAGGGUGACGUCCAGACUGUUUGGGAUCUGCUAAGAAUUCAGCACACGCACUCGAGUCCGCUUCAAGCUUCCGUCUCGCCAAGCGCCAACGUCGGAACGCAAGUGAGGCAGGUGGCGCAAUUCUCACGCAUGACCGUCGCCCGCAUCGUUGACGUGUCCUGGACAGGGCCGCAGGAAGAUCACAUUGCAAUGGUGACUGAACGCGGCACUGUGCAUCUUCUGGACAUGCCGUUUAGUGCAUCCAUGUGGCCUCCUCCCCGCCGGCGUAAGAUUGCCCCAACGGCAGGGGCCGAGUCGUCAGAGCCCGCUAGCUCUGCAGUGUCAAUUGCUUCUGGAGCGAUUGGUGCUGCCUAUCAAGCUGCGAAACCGUUUGUCGCUCGUUCCCGUCGCAGCAGUAGUAACAGUGCUGUGGUGACGACAAGUACAUUUAGGGACACAGCUGCGCAGGGCGGUCGAGUCAUCGCCGCGAGCAUCAGCAGCUCCUUGGGCAAAACUGGCUCUGCCAUCAACCAACUCCGGCAUACUGGCGAGAACCGGGUAUCUCUACCUCCGAUUCUGAGUCUCCCGUCUUCGCAAUGUGUUAGAUGGCACUCGACUCGCAAGUCACAACACCUCUACGCCCUUGGGGGUGGCAUCGUGCGAAAGUACCCUAGCCGAAGUCGGCGCGCCACUUCAAAGCGGAACAAGAGAUUGUCCCGCACAAGUCGGUACAAGGACAUGAAUGUACCCAUUCUUCCCCACGAUAGGCUUGCGCCUAUUGUUCGGCGAUUCCUAGAGGGUGACACUUCGGAGGACCACUUGGACUUGUCCGAUCUGGAGAUGGAUGCAGGCAACACGAUGACUCUCAACCGCCACACUGCAAAGGCCAAGCGAAGCCAGGGUAUGAUUUCUGCUAUUCCGCAGGCCGAGAUAGAGACUAGUGCCCCCUAUCAACCCUUUCACUCAGACCGCCGAGUUGCUGUGUUUGAGUACGCCAGAGCUGGACAGGUAGAGCCGUUGGCAAACCUUCUCGCGGAGACCAACCUUGGUGAUAAUCAGUCGUCAUCCAAGAAGAAGAGCCGACAGCAGAAGCCAAGCGCGAUUAGUAACGCGGACUCCGGCGUCUGGGCAUUCGGCCUCGACAUACCCGCGAGUAUGUUGAACAUGGGCAUGCUGGCGUCGGCUGACGAUGACUUGAACGGCAUCGACGACAGCCAGGCGCUACCACCUUCGGCCAUGGAGAGACUUAUGCAGAUAGGUGACCAGGAGCAGAUUGUGGUAACAACAAGACGCCGACGAGGUCGCCACGGCGAGCCGGACGAGGACGGGUUCUUUGAGGACGACUGUGAGGUGCUUGAUUUUGCCGAUCAAAGGGUCUAG